AUGAAUUUAAAUUGUUGGAGUGAUUACAUCGCGACGAUACAGGGACGCGUUGAAACGCCGGACGCCUGUGCUAGCACCUCUGAGCUUGUAAAACGACGACGAGGAACUAGACUGAAAGAGGAGAGACAGCGGGAAGACCGAAGCAGGAAGAGGAUCGAAGAGAGAGGGAAAGGAGUAACCGCGCCACAUGCUGCGCAGCAGGGGCACAGACGAUUUUUGAGGGUCCCACCAGGAGCAGGCUGUCCUCCAGGGCUUUCUUCCACUCCUUCCUCUUCAGCCAUCACCGUUCUUCCCCGCACCCCGCAGCACUCUAGCGCGUCAAGCGCGCAUUUCCGACGUCUCAUAAUUCGACCUUUCCUUUCUUCCAGAUCUGUCGUCGCCAGCCUCUUUUCUUCACUUCUCAUCUCAACGUCCAACGCUGAGGACAAGCUGCAGCAGCUGGCAGCCAUUCCGAGCCAGUGUAGCCCAGUUGACGUUCUUCGCAUCAACACGUCACCGUCCUUUCUGUCUACGUACCAUACGGCGCCCGCUGCUUCGCCCGCAGAGCAAGCAAUUCGCCGACCACCCACCGUUCCUUCUCUCUUGGCACGUCGUCCACCUCAGACACUCCUUGCGCACCUACCUCUGCUUUAUCUCAAGCCCUCAGGAGCCAUCGCUUCUUCUAGAUCAUCUCCUAUCCAUUGUUGA